GGCAGUGCGGGCAGUCGAGGAACAACAGCAAUGGCUCGGCGUAUGAUGCUGCUGGCACAGAUGCUUGUGCAGUCAGCAUCAGCACCAGCAGCCACCCUCCCCGCAACUGCGGCUAUCAAUGGACAGCGGCAGGGGCAGCAGGGGCAACAGCAGCAAGGGGACGGUGGCAGCAGUAGAGGUGGAGACGCGGAGUUGCUGAGGGAGGCUGAGAGGUUGCAGAGACGAGCCAUCCAUGCGGUUGAGAUGGGUGAGGGCACAGAGGCACCAGCUCUGGCAGGCAUGCUUGCAUCGCUGGCUGCUACUCUUGAGAAGCAAGGCCGACUAGAGGAGGCACGGGAAGCGUUGCUCAGGUCCCUCCACCUGAGGCGGUCUGCACUUGGCGCGGACCAUUUCCUUGUAGUCAGCACACUCACUCCGCUCGCUGCAGUCACUCUCAAGAUGCUGAGUCGCCCGCAACAGCAACCCCCUACAGCUAGAGAAGCGGCCAAGGAAGAGAGAACAAAGGAUGGCGAGGAGAGGGAGCAGCUUGAGGAGGCACUUCGUGACCUGCACUGUGCUCUCAGAGUCGCUCGCAAGGCUUGUCAGCAAGCAGCGGAGGAGCUGACAGCUGCGGCAGCAGCAGGCGAUGCGGGAGGCAGGAGGGGAGAUCGGGUGCAGAGAAACAAGACCGAGAACAAGAGCAGGAGCAGGAACACACCGUCCCCACCCGCCUGCCUCACGCUACUCGUACAGUCUCUGGCAACAUCAGUACAGGCCUCCCUCACUGCCCUGCUAUCCGCAUCCUUCCACACUAGGCAGCAACUGUCACAGCGUGCAGCAUCGGAUCUCAAGGAGCUUCUGCACAUGCUCUCCACUGAGCCAGCACGAGCCCUAUUGAGUUCCAACCACAGCGUGCGAACCGCCUGCUUGUCUGCCCUCCAGCACCUCUCCGAAUUUCUUCGGGACCAGCUCACAGACACCGGUGCUUGUGUGGAGGCAGCGAGUCAUGGUGCUGGGGAGAAGGCAUGUGUGCAGAGUGGUGGAGAGAGGUUGCGAGAGAAUAGGAAGGGGGUGUUCGGCCGCGCGCCUGACCCUCCGCCGAGCCAACCGACUCCCCCUCAGGCUCCCCCCGCGCACACCAACCCGCUCUCCGCGCAUUCAUACCCUUCCCCCUCCCCCAACGCGCCCGGCUCCGCGGAAGCCGCCGCCGCCGCAGCUGCCGCCGCUGCUGCUGCUGGGGGUCCGCGGCAAUAUCAAGAAGCGAGAGACCUUCUGACGGACCCCAAGGCGUAUCAGCAGCUGCUGGAGGAGAUGCCGCAGCUUAAAGAAAUGACCAAGGUGGUGGAUGACCUAAAGAAGGGCAACGAGGAACUCGCCAGGUCGACUCUGGCAAUGGAAGCAGACAUGUCCGAGCUGAGAACACAGUGUCGCAUCAUUAGGGGCACGGAGCUGGCUUCUCUGGAAGAGAGGUUGGCGCAGAUGGUGGGGCAGCAGAGGGCUCUUACGGACAAAUGGAGUCCUGGAGCUCUCGUGCAACAGUUGAAAGAUAAAGCAGAGGAAGUAAAUCGGGAGGCGGAGGAUUUGAGGAGCAGGUUUCUUGCAGGGGAGGUGGAGUUGAGUCUAUUCAUGAGGGAAUACCGGAAGAAAAAAGAGCUUUAUCACCGGCGCAUGCAGACUUGCUAUGCGGCUUUGUCCACCCUUACGCUGGAUCACCGUGGGCCUUAA